AUUGGCAUCUAAUAUAGUUCUUUUGUGUUAUUAUAAUCGCCUGUGCGUGACCUCCACACUGUUAUGUCUCCAACGCAACUAAGGAACCAACCAGAAGCACUGUCCAUUGAAUUUUAGGCGUAAAACACAUUUGAAAAUACUUCCUCGUUUUAUGAGUCUACAUUCUGAUUUUACUGUGAUAUAAAGUAACAAAGCAAAGCAGAGGAAGGGUCAAUUUUUUUCCCGCCUUCAAGUCGCUCCUUAUCUUCGGAAAACUUCGGAAAAUCUAGCCGAAGAGGUAAACUUCGGAGUCCUCAGGAUUUUGCGCUGUUUUACAGGCCGCUGACCAACAAUGCAAUAUGGCGUCAAGGGAAAGUUCAUUUUCGAGGACUGAAAUCCAGCAAGAAAUAAAAAAACAUGGAGAUGUUUUAAGACAAUUGAAACUUAAAGAGCCGACAGAUGAAGUUAAAAACAAGGUAACUUUGUAGUUAACUUUUAGUCUGCGUGCAGUUUUAUGGCCAAAAAGUGGACUUACCGGGUAGAUUAAUCGAUUAAUUUACACGUGGAUGGUGGUUCAAAUUUCUCUUUAGUUGUUCAAACCAGUUUAAUUUUGUUUUCGUUUGUCGUCGGUAUGUUAUCUAAUUUGAUACAAAGUAAAAUAAUAGAGAAACUGGAAGAAUUUGAGCUACAACAUAUCAGCCGACGUAAUUUAUUGAAGUAUUUCAUCAUCCAUCCCGGGGGGGAGGAGGUGGGGAAGACGAGUUCUGGGACCGAGAAACGAUGUUUUCACAACUUCCAAAGCGGUCACCUUGUGUGGUGGUCAUCAGAUAAUUGCAGUGUUUUUCCCAAAGUAAACAUUUUAGAAGCGAGAAGCGAACCCGUAGAGGAAAUAAGUCAAUAACUGCAAAAAAAAAAACCUCUUUGCUUUUCUUGCAUUCUGUUUGUCAAUUGCUACUGAAAUUGCAAGGGAAACCAAAACGCAAGUGAUGUUCAUUGCAACCAGCAACAAUGCAUACUGAGCUAUCGAUCAAGUUUAUAGGUUUCUGAUUACACCGUUUUGGCUGGGCGAGCAGGGUUGUCGCGAAAUUCACCUCCUGAGAAAGAGGUGAUCUCCGGCUGGAUUUUGGCUGUCAAUUGCCAGAUAGACAAGUCUUAAGUUUUUGCAGAAAAAAUACACCUAGCUGUUUAAAAACAAAGAAAGGUGAAAAUAAAUACCUAACUACAUCUAAGCCGCAGAAUUAUUGAAGGUGAAAUAAAGUAUAGCUUUAAAUUCACUGGUCGUAACUGGUCUACCGUGUCUCUCUCCAUUGUGGAUUGCCAUUUUGUAAACUCAAAGCUUGAUAGCCCUGCAGACAGGAUGUUGUAAACAACUGGACACAAAUUAUCGUUACCGGGUUCCUUACCACAGAUGACAUCAUCGGUUCUCUUCGGCCAGGUAUAUGAAAUUCUCCCUGACAGAUUAAGAUUUCACGACCUUACCUGAUAAUGAACUUUCAACAACUUGACACACCUUCUUGCGUGGACUUAACAAGCGAGGUCAGAUUUCAUUCUAGUAGUUUCAGAACUGAUGUAAAUCCGGAUGUGAUUACGGUGUUUUUCUUGUAAUUAUAUAUAAUCUGCAUUUAAUUGAUGUAUAAUGUAACAGAAUUCUAACAAUGUACUCAUUUGCUGGAUUUAUGUCUCCUACUCUGCUUAAAUAAAGUAUUUUUGUCAAAUGGUUUUCAGUUGCGUUUAGCUGACCCAGGAGUGAGCAAUGAAACUUACGACCUUCGUACUGAGUGUAGUUACUACACUCACUACUGAUCAUCUUUGACUCACUAUUAUUUUUAUAUCUCUCAGUGCUUGCUAAAAUUUUCAUUGAAUGUUAUCAUGGCUUCACAAUAGGAAAAUCCAACAAAAAGAUGGAGUGGUCAGUCUGAUCUAAGGGUUUUUUUUCGCCAUGGGCCUCAACAAGGUAAUUUCAGACUAGAGGGCUUUGUUGUCUCUCUGGCCUCUCUGUUUGGUUUUGGUGUUGUCUUUGGCUCUGUGUAGUGCUUGGAGCUGUAGCCUGGUAGCUUUGUCAGUGCAAGCAAUUUCUCUGGGUUUCUUGAGUGUGAGGUCAUUUCCUUCAGCAAUAAAUUUCUUUCACACGAUGUCGAGAGCAUCUCGCAGUAAUUCAUCAUGGAGCUUGGACAAAUAGCCACGGUUUUGAAUCAAGAGCUUGGCCGCUGUCAGGAAAUUAUCAAGGGGUCGUCCGUUUUGCUUCAGGUUUCAGAGAUAAUAGCGGUUAAGUAUGUGGUUGGAGUGGGGUUUCACAUGCUCUUCGAAUCGCAUCCAGUAUUCGUCGUGUUUGUUUUGUUCUUCACCACUCAAGUUCCAUGUGUUGAACAAGUCUAGACUGUAGUAACUUGAUGGUCCACAGAAGGACGUAUCGACAUCUCAGCUCGUUGGAUUGUGCCUUAAGUGGUCCAUCAAAAUAGAAGUUCGCAUUUCUGUCGUAAACUCUUGAACCUCUGAGGUAAAUCUGGUCCCGGAGUCCAGUCGAUUUUUGGUGAUUCGAAACCUAUUAGAUUGCUCGUUUCAUUCUUGAAUUCCGCUCUUGAGUUUUGUCUUGAGUCUUGAUGGGUUUUCUGACCUUUUAGUCGAUAAUCCCUCUUCUGACAACCAUGUGAAUAGACCCGUAGUUCAAAUCACGUAGUUUAUUAUAUUAUGUUUCUUAUCGGCUUAUUAAAACUCAGAUCGCAUCAGUAUUUGGCAAGAAGUUAAAGUUUAUUAACAGCUUUCCAUUGAAUAUUUUUUUUUCUGGCUGUAAGACCAAAACAAAAUUAAAAUAUGAAAAUUACCGAAAUAUGAUAGUGAGAAACAGUGACCGCCAUGGUUUUGUUCCUUUAGUUUUGACAUCAUGCGCAUGAUUAGAAACAAAACCGCUGUCAAGACCCUUGAUGAUCACUUUGCAAGUUGUGAGAACAUCAUUUGGAUUUCAUUUAAGAGAAUGUAUGGGAAGUAGCUUACCCCCCUGACCCAUCCCAUAUGGAUAAAAUACCUGUACCCCCAGUUGAGGAACCAUGGAAUUCAUCAGGGGCAAGUUAUAACAACUGAGGAUUUCUUUAGGGGGUAGAGUUAAAAAGUAUAGUUUCUUUGGGGGUGGAGCUUUAAUCUGCAUGAAAUUCUCCAGGGGUACACCUAUAUUCCCAUAUUAUUCAGGGGUAUAUUUGAUCGUAGUCUUCAGGGGUGAAGGCAAAGAAAUAUGGAUAAGUCCUCAACCAAGGGGGAGCGGGGACAAUAUUAAAUUCAAUAGCCCAAUUGACAAUCUGGAGUCUUUCAUAGAACCCCUUAAACCAUUUCUAUCUAGAACUUUUUCAACAUCUCCACAAUUAUUGUGUAUUAACAAUAAUAAUUCCACAAUUUCUGUGCUCAAAUGUAAGUUUAUGAUUAUAUGAAUAAUUAUUCGAAAGUAUCUAGUGAGAAAGAGUGAAUGUUUACUUCCUCUUCUUUUUCAACUUCACUAUCUCUUGCUGGUAGAUUUGGGUAUUGUUAGGAAUCAGUUCCUUUGUUACAUUUAUGCACAUGUUAUCAGCUAACAGUCCCAGGGGUAGGACCCUGGCCUGGGUCAUUAUAGGGGAUUUUGUAAGAGAAUGCAAGGAGAUGGAGUGGAUUCUCUACCCAUGGGAAGGGGAAAUUUUACUACAUUGUUGUUAGUUUGAAGGAAAGGGGUGGGGAGUUCUUUAUUUUGUAAAAUCACGGAAGGCAACCACAACGCUGGAUGUCACAAGAAUGUGCCACAUUAAAGUGUUCCAUCCAAGGGGGGUAUUAUUUGUUUUCGGGCCACUGAACUUCUGCGGACAGAGACCUGGAAAUGACUCUCUUGAGGACUGGGAAUAUGUUAACCCAUGCCAUUCAAAAAUUAAGUCAAACAGAAUGGUUAUUACGUUUACAAAAAAAAACAGUUUUCUUUCACUUUAUUUUGAUUUUUGUUGGUUAUCUUUCUUAUCCUUCCUAAAGUGAUUUCUUAUUAUCUUUCACAGAAGCAUUAGGGAGAAAAUGUGCUGAUGGUAGAUUUUUGCAUGUGUUGUUUCAGUACAGACUAGAUAUCAAUAAGUGCUGUUCCUUUUCCUGAUCAUUACGGAAUCGCGCCUGUAGAAACGCGUCGCUAGUAAAUGCAAAUUUUUCUGUCAAUCAAAAUUAAUGUGUCCUAUUAUUUGUAGGUGGAAAUUGGUGAAACAUCGUUAUUGUUUUGGAGACAAUAGAAGAACAAAAGAUAACAGAAAGAUCAAGUUAUGCGGUCUUAAAGCGUGUUGCGUGACUUAAAUCAGCUGCAGCAUUUCUCCUAACUUUCCCGCAUUAAAACGUUGGAAUGAAAAGUCUGAAGCUUAGCUUUUAAAAUCUUGAUAGCCAAAAUAAAAAGGGUGCCCCAAAAGGCAAGCAUUUGGGAAUUCAAAAUCGAUAUUUUUGUCUCCAGCGAAAUCCGGCGGAUGAAUAGUAAUUUGCAUAUAAGCGUAAAUGAAGCGAAAUAGAUACAAAUUGCCGUGGUUGUAAACACAACGUUUCCUCGAUGUUUUUUCCUUUUAAAAGCGUAAAUUCUCAUGAAAGAGCUCAGCUUGCACAAAAUAAUAUAAAAUGAAACGAAUCAAAUCGAAAAGUGGUAAAGAAAUGUCAGGAUAUUUCAGUUCGAUGGAAAGUAUGUGAUUGGGUAGGUGAUUUGCAUACUGAUAAAAACAACGUGUAGCGCAGUUCCAAACUGUUCGGCUUCCUGAAUUGUUUUUCUGGAAUUCUAUACAUUCUGCUGGCCUAAAUCGUUAAAUAUCUUAUGAAGUCAAAAUAUUUACCAAGUUGAGCAUUUGCAUUUCCUUAUAAAAAAGAGAGUAGCGCGAAAGCUUCGAUCUAUAGAUUUUCUUAAGUUAAAUUACCUUUGUAUCGUGGAAACAAUACCCUAACACUUGAGUCUUGAAUCAAAGGACGCGACAUGCGUCGGCUUCCUUUGUGAGCGCACAAAUAGUCAUGGGACCCGCAAUUUUGCGGGCGACACGGAUCUACAGGCGCCGUUCCCUACUGUUGUGAAAAAGAAUAAUGAUAAUUAUUGCUAGUAAAUAAAUAACUGCAUUUUUGUCAUGUAAAAAAAUACAGACAGUGAACAACUGAAUUUAAUUUUAGAUGCUAUAGGUAAUUAUAACUGAAUCAACUCUGCUGUCAUUAAGUGAGCUAUGUCAAAAUGAAACUAUUUGUAAAGCAUCAUUAGGUAGAUUAUAAUUGAAGGCUGAGUAUGAUAUGAAGAAAUACAGUGUAUGCAAUUCAAAAUCGGAGGGUGACUGAGGUUCAUAAGAGCCUCCAACAUCUGCAUAAUUCAAUAAUAAGUUUACCGCCACUUUGUUAGCUCAGUUGGGAGAGCAUCAGUCUGCUGAGCAGGAGGUCGCAGGUUCGAACCCUGGCUGAACCAGCACUCAGGGUCUUAAAAUAAAUGAGAAGAAAGUGCUGCCUUUGUAAUGACAUCUGCAAACAGUUAGACUUUCUAGUCUUCUCAGAUAAGGACAAAAAACCGUAGGUCCCGUCUCACAGCACUUUAACGGAUCUGGUUCUUGCGGGAGGCAAAAGAACCCACACCACUGUUCAGAAAGAGUAGGGGACAUAGACCCCAGUGGUGUGGCCAACCUUCACACAUCACUUCAGUCACAUCAUGGGUUGGGUGGGUACAGUAAGCUCAUAAGUGGACUGAGAAUGGCUGCCAGUGGUGCCUUUGUACUGUAUGCUUACAGUUUACAUGUUAAUCAUGUUAAUGUAUAUAUUGUAUAGAGGACACGUCUGUUGUCCUCUCAGCCAUGGCUCCUUCUUCCUUCUUCAAAAUAUUUCAAAGCUCAUGACAUUCUUGUUACUAGCCUGCAACGCAGGCAUACCGGUAUUUUUUGGGCAAGUGAAUGUUGCUUGUUUAGGUCUGUAAUGCUAUGGGCACCAUCUUUAUUCUUUCACUGAGGAAGUUUGGAAAGAGUGUAAAGAAAUUGCAACCCUUGGGGUAGGCAUUGGGGUGAAAGAAGAAGGUGAGGAAGAGGGAAACAAGAAAGACCUUGCUCCAUCCCUUUUACAGUCUCCUUGGUUGGCCUAGGCUCCUAUCCUUGGGAUAUAAGGCAAAUGACAUGUGGAUUACCCAUUUUGUGAAAGAGUCCAUUAUAAGGAAAAUGCAACUUGUCUGGCAUAAAAUUAAGAGAAGUUUAUAUUUGGUUUUUGUUUCCAGACAUUAUGAUGUCUUCUAAGUCUUUGUUGAGGAAUAUUUUAAGCAUUCCUAAAUAUUUGCGGGCUGCUUCUCUUCGCUGUUCACACUGUCUGGAAUGCCAGGUCAGUGGCAGCUUGUUGUUUUAUGUACAUUCAAAUAAAGUUUCACUGAACGUCUGAAACAAUACAACCAUAUGCAGUAUAAAAAAGUUAUGUUAUGAAACAACGAGAAGGGUUAUGCACCAUCCAAACUUUCUGAAGUGGGUUGAAAAUAUUGAGAACUGCCUAGGGCUUUACGUGUCUGAAAAUGUUGUGGUUUAAAUUUUUUGGUUUGAGGACUUUUGCUCUCAGGCAACUAGAAAAUCUUACUUUUUGAUACAAAUUACAUGCUGGGGGCCCAAGAUUUUACUGGUUCAGAGCACUGGGUGUCCUUCAUUUUUCCUGAGAGCGCAGCCUUGGGGUGGAGGUUUGUGCCAUUUCUGGGAGACUCCCGGAUAAUAUGGAAGAUCAGGCAUAUAUGUUACAGGUCAAAAUUAAAUUCAGGUUGAAAUAUUUUAACCUAGAUUGAUUCUCAAUUUCCUUGGUCUCCGAGCCCUAAUUAUUCAUGAAUUAGGGCUAGGUAACAAAGGAAAUUGAGAAUCAACUUGUAGGUUAAAAAAUUUUAACCUGAAUAUAAUUUUAGCUGUGAUGCUAUAGUUCAACCUGAGUCUGAUCACAAUAAUCACUGUUUAUUCCCUAUCUCAGAUGUUUGGUUACUGUAAGGGAGCAAAUAUUAAUUUGCCUCAUCCCUUUUGAAUAGUCCUCGACAAAACUAACUAGUAUCACUCACAGUCAUGGCAAUAUUAUAUGUAUAGUGGUAGUGGUGCUUGUAAUUUUGAAUCAAUAGUACCUAGCCUACAUGUAAAAUUAUAAUUUUUAGCUUUAGAUUCACAUUCAACUCUAUACAAAGACCACCAUGCUAUUUUCAGAUGAUUAAUAAUCAAUUAAUGGUAAACGACAAAACUUGAUAUCUUGAUAUCUGCAUUUUUUUCAUCUUUUCAUACAUGGUAAUUUUUGCUAAGUAAUAUCACUUCCCCCUUAUGAAGAACAAAGACUCCAAUGAAAUGUCAGGAUUAUUAAACCAUACGUUGUUAAAGAAAUAAUUUUUUAACUGGGGUAGCCUUUUAUUUUGUAUUAUCGUUAUUUCAAGGCUGUUUGUAACAACUUCAGUAGGGUGGAUUCCUGAAUUAUUUGGUACAUAUGUAUUAAUUGGGAACUCUAAUUAGAAAACAUUGUUAAUAGAUCAUGGAGAAAACUAAACAGGUAUAAAAUUUCAGUUGAGUGAAAGUUUGUUAUGAACUAUAAAUAGAAAUUUUUUUAAAGCUAUUAGAUAUCUCUUGAAGACCAUAUAUCCUGAUACAUACUUUAUUUCUUUUCUUGAAAUAAAGGCUUUACAAUUAUAUCUUACUUAUUUUUUUACAGAUAAAAGAAGAAAGAGAAAGAUUAGUGGAACUUAAAAAUCAGCUUGGAGAUGACCCAGGAACUCAGAAGUUUGUUCUCAAAACACCAAAGGUAAAAAUGCUGAUGAUAAAAUUGUUGAUGGCAAAUGUUAUUAUUCAGUCCCAGAGGUGUUACUCAAAACACUUUUUCCUGCUGCUUGAGCCAUUUACUAGCUCUACAUGUAUUUGUAGCCCCCCAUUUAAAAAGCAAAACUUCCCAAAACAUUUAGCAUUUCCCUUCCUGGUGCAAGAAUACAGUUCUUAGUAAGGCUUUCAUAGAAUGCAAAAUUUGAAGCUGACUUUUAUUUUUUACUUUCUUUCUUUCCCUAGUUUUCUCCCUGUUUCUGUUUUUGUUUUUCAUUUCAGCUGUAAUUUUAUUUAAGUAUUGACUUUAUUUCUGGAAGUGCUAAAGAUUCUGAAAAUAUUUGAAGGGAAUAUAUUUACAGUUGAGUAUACCUGGUGGAACAACCAUUUCACCUAAACUUUCUGAUCAAAGUUAAGAUACAUUACUGUGGUGUGUACAUGACGUGUGUCUUUGGCCUUCCAUAUUUGAUCAGGGUACCAAUUCUUGCAGAAUUAUUUCAGCAUUGGCAGAAUCUGUUGAAAUGUAAAAAGUACAAGAUUUUGCAUGCUCUUAGAGGUAGUUAAUGUAACAAGUACAGUAGCCUGCAGUGCUUGUUAUAUGUUUGUAUUGUUGUAGCUGCCAUCUUAGAUUUUAUGACAGAGGAAGAUUGGGAAGAGUAGAAAUAGCAACCCUUAGGGUAGGUGCUAAGGAGAAGGAGGGAAUGGGGGAGGGGGGUAAAAAAUACACCUGCACGAUAUCGUCAUUUUUGUUGGGAAACUCCUACACACUGGCAAAGGGAGCUCCUGAUUGGUGUGGCUCAAGGGAAGUAGAUUGAUGCCUGUCAAUCAAAUGGAAGUCUAUAUUGUUUGUUUUGGUUUUGUUGGUGUACAACUGCAGGAAAGAAUUGUUCUGAAUUCAGAAAUAGUGGGGAAGAAAUUAGAAUAUUAACUCUGCUCUUGAAAAAAGCCUUUUAGAAUUGGAGCAGCUGGGAAUGUCGUGUGUAUUAUGCACUGAGCAGGUCAAAGUGUUUUCUACACUGGCAUCAGGACAAGAUUUGGUUGCAGUGCUAAAAAGGGGUCGGUAGGUUGGUGUGUCCUUUACCUCUUGCCAAAAUGCUGGUUGUUCCAAUAAGUUUUUUCUCUGGCGGGUAGAUUAUGCUCUGGAGGGUUGAGGGUGACUUCACUGCCGGCAAAUUGACACCGAGAGAUUUUGAUUUUCUCCAUGCUAGACUGGCUUUGUCUAGCAUGUCACGAGUUAUGUUUGCCACUCUUAACCGGGGUACUUGCUGUGGAUGUAAUUGCAGCUUUAAAAUAGUGAAAUGGUAAAAUUGGCCCAAGUUGUGAAUUUUCCAGCCACAUGGCUUACAGACCCAAUCAGAAUGCUGCAUGGAGUCUUGAACUAACGGUAGUCCAACUUCUUUACAAAUUUCGGCUAACACAAACCCAAAGCACUCUUAUCAUUUUGAUGGCCUGAGGAGGUUCUCUGAAGAAGAUUGGCCUUGCUUUCCAAGAUUGCUUGCAAAACUGGAUGUAAUUGCCUGCCUGAGCACUGCACAUGUGUUUGUUUGUUUGUUUUUUUAUCGAAGGGAGCUUCCAGUGCAGUAGUUCUUCGGUUUUAGUUGGUCAGGUACUCAUUUCCAGGAGAGCACUCAAGCACAACUAAGGGGAUGUUUUUCAUUUCACAGUGUUUUCAGGCAGGCGUUUUCUCUUCUCUCUCCCCGCCCCCUCCCCGGCUCCCUUUGACUCACCCCAUUUGCCCCUCUCUUUUGGAGUAUCAACAUGGCACUAUUGUGAGCAGAAACAUUCAUACACCGGAAGAAAAUGCCUGUGCUGCAAGCUAUAAGUACAGUUGUAUUUGGUUAUUAUCCCAAACAUUAAUUUUAUAUUAACAUAGUACAAGAGUCCUUAUUUUUUGGACUUCAUUGUAAAUAACGUUUGGAAGAGUGGUUGUGAAAGUUAUACUGCAGGGUUUUAUGGUAAUUAUUUACCCAUGAUAAACUCUGUAUCAGACCUUCAGACAACGACCCUUUAAUAUACACACAUAUUAAUAAUAUUGUUUUUAUGUUGAAUAUGUACGUGUAACAUGUUGUGGGUUAAAUCUAUUCUCAGGUUAAACUAGUAUUCAAGCUAGUUUGAUUCAAAAUUCCCUUUGUUUGAUCUGAGGCUCAGUUACAGUGUAUGACUUUGUGUAGGAGACAAAGGAAAUUCCAAUCAUUUGACCUGAGAAGGGAUUUUACCUACAACAUUGCAUUACAUGUACCUUUAUGAACACAGGUACAUGUGUACACCCUGUACAGGAUUUGUGGUGUGUGUAGAAUAUUUUUGUUAGUAGUUUCAUCAACUUGUUUCUGUGCUGGAUAAGUAUAAUCAUAUAGGAUCAGAGUAUUAAACAAAGAACACCACUGACAACUGUCACUGAGGGCUUUAAAAAUAAAGUAUUAGUCACUUGAAAUUUUUGCUACAAGUAAAACCCACCACUGCCAAGAAUACCAUUUAAAAAAAGACCCAUGAUAGCUUCUGCCCAACUAGCUGGCUCCCUCCUCACUGGAAACUCCAAACUCAAGACUUGUGACUCACAUCUUGAAACUGUUAUUUUCUUCAAGUUUUGAGAUGCGAGAAUUGAGUCUUGAGUUGAGACUGUCAACUUUCUUUUGGGUAGUACUGCAUAUUUAGUGAACUGUCAUUUUCAAUGUUUUGUGUAGGGAACACGAGACUAUGAGCCAAAACAAAUGGCUGUCAGAGAGAGAGCAUUCAAAGCCAUCAUCAGCUGUUUUGAAAGACAUGGUGCUGAACAAAUCGACACUCCAGUGUUUGAAAUGAAGGUGCAGUAGUCAAAUGUACAAUUUAUGAAAUCACUUUCUGAGCUUCAUUUACGUUAAGUGGUCAAAGUUACUGCUAAUAUUUGGUUUCUAUUGAUCAUUUUUUAUUAUAUUGUAUAUUGUAGAUUAUUAAAAACUGAAUCAUUGGACAAUGAAACCAUUUUGAACUAAUCAAAAUAUCAUGAUUAUAUACAUACUGAGUGUUACCAAAAAGUUUAUUAUAUUGUAUUAUUGUCAGAUUAUUUUUCAAAAAAAAAAUGAUCUGAAUCAUUGGAUAAUGCACAGAGGUUCUUUGGCGCAUUUUUUAUUGGCUUAGCUGUUAUUCAACGGUAUUUUAUGAGCUAUUAAAAACAUUUCGACCAUGUCUAAAGAAAACGGUGAGAGAGCAUAUAUAAACAGAACGAGGCGUAAGCUUUUUGUUGUGCUUUUUGUCUGAGCUACUUUGCCUUUCAUUUAAGCUUAAGCUUAUACUGAAACCGCCAUUUUACUUAAAUUCACUCAUUUUCAAUUGUGCAUUGAGAAGCUAACAGUUAAGAUUUUUUAGUUCUUGGAUUACCUCAUAUCCUCACAUUUAUGUUUUUAACAAACGUUUUUACUACAAAGCUGAAGCAAAUUUUCUGUUUUAAUUUUAUUUUUUAAAGAAAAAGGCCUAAAAUGAUGAAUUUCAUCGAAAUAAAAAAAAAUACCACAAAAACAAACAAAAAAAAUCUUACUGACACAAGUGCUUGUUUGAAAGUUUGUCAAAAAACAUGAAAACACAUUUUUUUUCGGAACUAAAAAUUGUUUUAAUUCCUUGACCAGCAAUUUCAUCGAAAAAAAAAAGAAAGACACAAGUGUUGAAAGUUUGUUCAUGAUCCAGCUACGAAAAGAAGACAAGUGUUGUUUCUUCAUGAUCGCGAAGCCAUUCGCCGAUCGAGUCACUCGCCGAUAGAUAACUGCGGCUUGUUUAUCCGACAUCAAGAAUAUAAAUCACAAGUAUAUUAACCAGCUACAAAUACAGGCUAUGCAGCCAUUCACUAGAGCAAUCGAGGUGGCAGUACAGCUUCAUUUCUCGUUCAGCAAAAUUAGCUUGUGGCUUCAAACAACUUCAUAACAAGCGACCGAGGUAAUAGUUUUUCUCCGUUUUUCUUACUUUUAUAACUGCACCGAAAAUCCAAAUUCACAGUAAUUUCGACGGCUGUGACUUAAAAAUUAUUUUCCUUCACAUUAUCUGCCAGGUUUUUUUAGCUGUUCUGCUGUGUAAAAUCCUAGAAUCCCAAUGAGUUUUUAAAAAACUAAUCUUCAUCGCUACAAUGUUUUGAUUUUUCAUUCAUGCAGUCCAGGCGAGUCCGUUCGCGCAUUGACAGUUUUGAUAGACGUGUGACAUGUGAAUGGCGGAAGUCCUUUGUCUUUUCCGGUUUGUUCUAGUGCGGGAGAUUCAACGAGAUUUUGUGGGCGUUUUUAAUAAAACAAUUAUUCCACUCACGCUUGUUGGAUAUGAGAUGAUUAUAGCCAACUCGGCGCUACGCGCCUCGUUAGCUAUCUAUCAUCUCGUAUCCAACAUGUCCUCGUGGAAUGAUUGUUAAUUACAGUACAAAAGUUACAAUUUAAUGUACAGAUGUACAUUAUACACUUAAUGUCAGUUCCCAAGGGAAACAUGAGUUAGUUUUGUUUUCCUGAGUCAAGAGAAAACAAAAGUGACUGGUUUCCUGAGGGACCUGACAUUAAGUGUUUUGUUAUAUUGCCAACCUUUCACUUCAACAGCAAUGAAAGAAUAACCGGAGUGAACUAAAACAGUCAACUCGGUACUUAUAACAACACAAAUUUAAUUCUUAAAACCACUGAAUGAAUGAUUUACAAUGUACUUUCCUUAUAAUAUUUGCAUUUUUUUCCUCAACUAGCUUCUGUUUCUCUUCUGGGAUGACUUUAAAAAUUGUGGCUUUUUAGGUUGAGGCUUUGUGUUUGUGUUCAAGUUGUUGUGUUCAUUCACGAAAAAGAAAACUGGCAGUGUUUUUCCCCCCUUCUGUCACACCACUUUCCACCAUGCUUUGAUCACGUGUUGUAAUGUAGCCCAAGCAGGGUACAUAAUUUGCUUAAUGUAUCAUGAUCAAGAUACAUUUGAGUUUAGUCAAGGCCACGUGACCAAGAAUCAACCAAUAGCAGUCCCUGUUUAGUGGAGUGGAAGUCUGGGAAUAUAACAAAACAUGUUAGGAAACUGUAAAUUAUUUUAGCAAAGCAGGGCGUCAAGAAAGAAAUAAGCUAAAUAGCUAUGGGGUAACAGGUUGUGGUUGGUAGUUGGGCCAGUUCCCUGGCAUGUGCAUGUUUCAUGUGGGUCCACUUUUUAAACCCAAGGGCCCCACCCCUCCCUCAUAAAGUUCAUGUGUGCAUGUGUUCAGUUUCAUUCUGUCCAAGAUUUUGUUUCUCUGGGAGCUCUUGAUGAUGUGAUUAUGGUCUUGCACAUAUUUUUGCCAGAUAUUUGUGGGAAGAUGUUAAGCAAAUUCCUACAUCAAUUUGUAAAUGUCUGGUUCACUGCAAGACCACAUAGUAACCCUGGUUUAGCUGGGGGACAAACUCCUUCGCCAAGCCAGAUGCAGUUAUCUGGGUUGGUUUCUAGUGUUGUUACAGUACACUUGUUUAAAUGAUUCCUUAUGCACAAGGAAUUCGGAUAAGGGGAGUGGGGGCAUUGUUGGAUUCGUUUAGUGUGCUAGUGUGGUGACUGUGGCCAUCAUUGGGUGCAAUUAUUGCAGAUCACAGACAUAACUCUUCUGUGUAUUGUGAUGUCAUCCUAGAACUUAAAUGUCUCAUACCCUGCUACGGUACUACAAUUAUUGCUUUAAUAAUAUUACUUAAAAAAAGAAUAACGUAACAAAAUGACAGCCCUGGAAUUUCAGCCGUAUGUAGCAGUUCAUUCUGGUCAAACUCUUUUUUGUGUCACAUUUUUUUUCCUUUGUAGGAAACAUUAACAGGAAAAUAUGGUGAAGAUUCCAAAUUAAUUUAUGAUCUGGCUGAUCAAGGAGGAGAAUUUUUAUCCCUGAGAUACGACUUAACAGUAUCCUUCCAAAUAUGACCUGAAUUUUGUGUAAAGAAUUUUCAUUGCAGUAAGCCUGUUUCACUGUGGUUAAGCCCAAGAUGGAUGAAAAAUUGAUUAAUUUUAAACACUCAGCUCAUUUUUGAAAUUGUGUGCGUUUAUAUUCAGACCUUCCUGGUACAUUUUCCCUUAGUGCAGUAACAGUUUUCCAUGCCUGAAAUAACUGUAAAUUGUAAAUUAGUCAAUUUUGACAACUUACCAUACUUUAAUCAGAGUGGUUAUAAUAAUUGUCAUGACUGUUAGUUUCUUACUGGGUUGUUUUUUGUAGUUGUACAUUCUACAUAUCUAUUGUGUUGUACCUGUUCACUUUCUUUGACAGUCUCUCUCAAGGUGCCAUUUGCAAGAUAUGUUGCCAUGAAUAAAAUUAAGAGUAUUAAAAGGUAUCACAUAGCCAAGGUUUAUCGAAGAGACAACCCAGCCAUGACAAGAGGAAGAUACAGGGAAUUUUAUCAGUGUGUAAGUUCAAAUCACACUCCAGAACUUUGUGACACCCUUGCACCCUGUACUUGACUAGGUAGUGCUUGUUUUGGACGUGCCCAAGAAAUCCUACCUCUAGAAAAACAGUGAGAUUUAAGGUGAUUCCCUAGUAAAAGAACCUAACAUAGAUUGUAGAUGAAACUUGGUACACUGAUGUAACAAGUCAAGAAGAUGAUAAAAAAGUAAUAAAAAGUGGGGGUCACCGUGCUCGUUUUGACGUCACAAUGCUGACAAAUACGGCUAUUUUGGACCCUUUGACAAAAUCCGCGCGCAACCCAAAACUAGACAAAAAGGAAAGAUUUUUUCAAUGAUGCAUGUGGUAUCGCACAGAAUUUGACUUUAAUGUAUUGUUUAUCCACUUACGUACCAUAAAAAUGUCUUUUAAUGCCCAUGUUUUUACUUUACGCUCCAAAGUAGAAUUAAAUUGGACACGCGCUAUUCGACACGUGGUAGCUCAAUCCGUACAAUUUAGUAAAAUUGCCAAAAAACUGAACAUAGAUUUGUGGCAAUUUUUUUCUCACCGAAAGGAAGCACUGUCCUUAUUAAAAUCAUGAAAUAAAAAAUGGGGGUCACCGUACUCGUUUUUGCGGUAGAGCUGCAGAAAGUGCACACCAAAUGCAUUUUCCUUGAUUUUUGAGAGAGGACUGGGGCGAGUUUCAAAACAGAAUGUAUGUGAAAGGAGGAAGAAAGUACUAAAAAAUCCGUUUUUACAGAAUUUACAUCGAGAUAUCACAUUUAGGACACAAUGUGAUAAAGAAAGCGUUUAAAUGAAAAUCAAAGUGAAUAAGCACAAAUUAAACAUCCACUAUCGAGGUUCUCCGUGAGGCAAUCUAACUCAGCAACACGCGUACUGCUUACGUUAUGCACAUUCCCACCACAGUGAGUCUCACCUCGGCAAGAAACAACCGCAAGCAAAAAUUGCAAUAGCGUCUCUCUUCGGUCAACUUCAUUUUAAUAAUGUUACUUCACAAGCUCUUUUUUACGGAGGCCAUCUUGUUGUGCGUAGUAAGAGAUGCGCAAUGCAAAACCAGGGAAUCACCUUAACUUAAGAUUAUUAAAAAGAACCACAUGUUCAGUGAAACCAAGCUUUAUGACCAUGUGCCAUUACCAUGACCACCUUGUUGGACCUACAUCCAUUGGACCAAAUACCAAAACAAAACUGAUAUUUUUUUCUGAAAACCUCAUUUAUAUGCCUGAAUAGAUCUUCAUGGCCCUUUGGUGGUCAUAAUAAGAGGGUUUCAGUUUCUUUUUUUCUUAUGCUUUGUGGUUUCACUAGUAACACUAGCACAAGACCAAGGAUGCACACAAGGAUCAAAGUCCUUGUUUGUUUCACCCUAAAAGAAGACCAUGAUGCAAGCAAAAGAACAAGUACAUGUACACAGAUCAGCAUUUUCCAUUCUUGAGCUUGUUCUGUUUCACUUGUAUUCAUGCUUGUUUUAAUAAUUCACUCUAAAAUGCUGGAUUAUACUAGGAUUACUGUAAAUAACAUUAAAUGCCUGUACCUACCUGAUAGGUUCAUUAUUUUGGAUCCUAUAGACCGGGAUUGAUGCUGAGUGUAAAAUAAUCUUGCCUGCAUGUCUUAAGUCAGUUACAUUUGGCAUUCUAAAAUCUUACUCAUGGCCUUUGUUAGCUUACUGGUAGUAUAGAUUAUUUUGAGCUCACAUUUAAGGGGCAAGGUUCUUUGUUACAGUGUCUGUGAAACUCCAGUUGAGGUGCAUGAUUGUACCGUGAAAUAUUAUAAAGAGUGACCCAAAGUUACCAACCUUAUAGUAGUACAUGAAAAAAAAACGUUAAAAAGGAAAGUGCUUUGUAGGUAGACACGCAUGAAAAAAUUGACUUUUAGUUGAAAACAUCAGGGUAUUGUGUUUAAAUUUUUAAGUGUGUUUAAUAGACAAAAGUUGUUUUUUGAAUGUUUGACCAUGGUUUGGUCAAACUUUGGGAGAUGACUUUGUGUCUUUCUGUUAUUGUCCAUGGGUGCAUCAGUGAAUAUAAACAGGCACUGUACCCAUCUGUAUCUUCAAAAUACUGCUAACUUCAUUGUUGAUUUGGUUUUUCAUUUUUCAUCUCCAGGACAUUGACAUUGCUGGAGAGUAUGAUGCUAUGAUUCCUGAUGCAGAGUGUGUAAAAAUUGUGUCUGAAAUACUUACAGAUUUAAGCCUUGGAGAUUUUACAAUAAAGGUGAGAAUUUUAGUUUAUGAUGGUGAUUUCUUCCUAAAGCACUUAAAAGAAUUACCAAAGAGGAAGUGUGAAGUUCAGUUCUUUUUUUCCCCUAAAUAUUAGAAAUGCAGAAUUUAAUGUACAGAAGUUCUAAUACUACAGCUGUACUUAUUUUUCCAAAUGAUGUCACAAGAGUUCAAAAAGGCAGCACACAUGAGGAAGGUUAAAAGUGAAUGUACUUAUUUGUGCUUAUUUUGUUCAGUCUUACAUGUAAAACAUAUUUCAUUUGUUGGAACCCAAUUUUGAUAAUUCAACACUUAAGAAGCAAGAAGGGAACUGAACAGAAAUGCGUGCCACAAUAAUAUUAUUAAUUCUGGGAUCGUUACCAGAGAUGUCAACCUCUGCAAAUCUAAAAUCUGGAGACUCUCUCUUUUGACCUACCCCCUACUCUCAACCCCCAAAUGUCAACGGGCCCCCCUUGAUAAAUCAACGCAGUCCCCCAUUGGAAUGGCGUAGGACAUUAUAUGAAGUCUUACAUGAAGUACAUACUUUCCAAUUUGCAAUCAACAUUUUAAUAAGUAAACAAAAAAAUCUUUGUUAGUGACUAAUUACGUCCAAUAGUGCCCCUGAAACUGUACUACAAAUAAAAAUAAUUCGAAUAUUGAGAAACAAAUGCGCUAAUUUUCAAACUAAAGCACAGAAAUGCUCAAGAGAUAAUUUUUUUCUGGAAGAUUUGGUGACCUGUACAGGAGAGCAGGGGAUCAGUGCCAUAUCCAGGAGUCUCCCAGAUAAUCCAUGAGAGUUGGCAUAUAAGUGUUACUGAGGAAGUGCCAGUCAGCUAUUUGCCAAUUUGAUCAAGUCGUUGAAAUCCUCUUACUACACUACCAUCAUUACUGAAAACUCAACUGAUCAACGGGUUUUGUUUAAUACAGUAUCAAAACUACUACAAAAGCAAUCAACUGCACGGUAUCCAUCUUCUUGUAGUGAUGCACUAGCUAAUUCUUUCGCUGAUUAUUUCAUUGACAAGAUUGAUCGUAUCCAUGCCACACUAAUAGAGAAGAAUUCUGCGCAAGGUAAUGAUGCUAAUGAAGUGACUCUUGGUAACUACGUGGAAUGUAACUCUGUGUUUUCAGACUUUAUUAAUGUCAGUUACGAAGACAUCAAGGGACUUGCAUUGAGAUCUAUUAAUAAAUCCUGUGUACUUGAUCCUCUGCCUGCAGUGGUAAUGAAGGAACGUUUCAAUUUACUAACUCCUGUGUUGACUGACAUAGUGAAUACAUCUUUAUCUACUGGAGUUAUGCCUGAUGUCUUGAAGAUUGCAGCUGUGACACCGACUUUAAAGAAACAUAGUGCUGAUUUCACUAAAUAUGAAAGUUUUCGACCUAUUUCUAAUUUGAAGUUUGUGUCCAAGCUUGUGGAAAAAGCGGUAUGUGUCCAGCUUACAGACUAUAUUACAUCUAAUGGUCUUUCGGAAACGUUUCAAUCCGCAUACAAGUCAUUUCACUCCACUGAAACGGCUCUACUGAGGGUUCAAAAUGACAUUCUUUGUGCUUUAGAUCGUAAUGAGUCGGUCAUACUGGUACUUUUGGAUCUGUCGGCGGCGUUUGAUACGGUGGACCAUACUCUUCUAGUGACAAGGCUGUCUACUUGUUUUGGUUUUCAAGGAACUGUGCUUAAGUGGCUGAAAUCAUACCUGUCUUCACGUAAGCUGUUUGUUAAAGUUGGGAAUAGUCAUUCUUCACAACGUACAUUGAAGUGUGGUGGGAUCAGUUCUGGGCCCUUUGUUGUAUUUGUUAUACGCAUCACCUAUUGCGGACAUAAUAAAUGAUCAUGGACUAUCAUACCAUCUAUAUGCUGACGACACCCAAUUAUAUAUUACCUUUAAAUCUACCAGCUUGAAUGACAUCCAACAAGUGAAGUUGAGAGUGGAAUGCUGUGUGAUGGACAUUGAUGAAUGGAUGAUAAGAAACUAUCUUAAACUAAACCAGGACAAAACGGACCUUGUAGUCAUCAGUUCCAGAUUCCAUCCUAUGCCUGACAUCGGUCACAUUACUGUUGGUUCUGAGUGCAUUGCACCUCGUGACUCUGUUCGUAAUUUAGGGGUUCAGUUUGAUAGCAUAUUUAGUUUUGAGGAGCACAUUAAGAACAUUUGUAAAUCAUCAUUCUAUCAUUUGAGAAAUAUUGCUAAAAUCCGCAAGUACUUAAGCCAAGAUACAUGUAAAAUCUUAGUCCAUGCAUUUAUUAGUUCGAAACUUGAUCACUGUAAUUCCUUAUUACAUGGCCUUCCUAAGUAUCUGUUAGCUAGACUACAGGCAGUUCAGAAUGCUGCAGCUCGUGUUGUCACAUUGACACCGAGGCAUGUUCAUAUAACUCCUAUUUUAAUUAAUCUUCAUUGGUUACCAGUUGAGUUUAGAAUAACUUUUAAAGUCCUUUUAUUGGUAUACAAGGCCCUUCAUGGCCUUGCACCUUCUUAUAUUUCUGACCUUUUGAAUUUUAAAACAUACUCUAGGUCAUUGCGUUCUUCAUGUAAAGAAUACUUAGUGGUUCCGAGAAGCAGAUUGAAAACAUAUGGAGACAGAGCUUUCUCUAUUGCAGGACCUAAAUUGUGGAACGAUUUACCUCUAGAGAUUAGGAAAUGUGCUUCAGUGGCAACUUUUAAGCAAUCCCUUAAAACUUUUUUAUUUAAGUUAGCAUAUAGGUUAUGAGAUUCCUUUUGUUUUGAGAUGUUUUUGAUUUAUAUAGUAGAUAACUUAGGCUAUAUUUGAAUUAUAUUGUAUAUUGUAGAUAUUUUAGAUUUUAGAUUUUUUAUAUUUUUUUUUUGUAAUUAGGUAGCGCUUUGGACAAUUAUUGGAUUUUAGUGCUAUAUAAAUAAAAUUAUUAUUAUUAUUUUUUGUCCCUAGUAACAGUCCCAGAAGUCUUUGCAGCAAACGUUAACUUGGUGUACUUUCCUUCUUGUUUUUUAACACUUGAGUCUGCAAUGUUAAUGUGAUUGGAAAAAUAUAAAAAUAUGAAGUUAUGAAGUUAUGAACUGGCUAGUGGAUAAUUUUGACCUUGAUGGGUUUUGCACUUGAGACCAUGAUUUGGUCAUGUGAAACAAGUCUAUGGAUGCCUCAUUUGGACAGCUGCCAAUUAAUUGUGAAUGGUUUAUGGCAAAAUAUAGCAUAGACCCUCAUUUUAACAUGGUUGCUUUAUAUGUUUUAGAAAUUGCGACAUUUCACAUUGAUUUACCGUACAUGGCAGCAUGGAUUUAUGGAUAGUCCUUUAUUUAGCUACAGAGGUUCACAUCUUUUAUUACACAACUAAAACACUUUAUAUUUACUGGUUUACUGGGCUUCAAGUGCAUGCAAGCUCUGCUGUUAUCACUGAACAUUUUGACCUUGUUAGUCUGCAAUGUACAUGAUUGAAUAUAAAUGCAUGUCUAAUGUCAAUGUUAUGGAUUACUUUAAGGUUAAUCACAGACAGUUGUUGGAUGGCAUGUUUGCCGUGUGUGGAGUGCCUGAGGAGAAAUUUAGGUCCAUUUGUUCUGCUGUGGAUAAACUUGAUAAGGUGAGUUUAGCCUUAUUGAAUAAGAUUGUAUUAAAAGCUAUGAACGUAAAGUUUUUACAACUUAUUUAAAUUAAUGAUUUCCUGUCAUGGAAAAAAUCAGCAGAAACAACUUUGGAAAAAGUACAUAAAUGUACUGGUAAAGCAUGUACAUGCAUGUACCGAUAAUUCAAGUGUUGAAGUUACUGAUGCUCUGUAAGUCACACUUAAUUCGUUCACAAAACUUCCAUUUCUUUUUAUAUACACCACUGAUCCCUGCCAAAACAUUAAUAUACACUUACAGAAAAGUGAGUUUUUAUUUAAGUUUCUUCAGACCUUUUGUAAUAUUUACAAGCACCCUUUUUUGUACCUUCAAUAUCAUUAUAGCUUCCUUGGGAAGAAGUCAAGGCCGAAAUGGUGGGAGAGAAAGGCCUGGAGCCUAAUGCAGCAGAUAGGAUAGGGGAGUAUGUAAAGCUUAAGGGUGGAAUGGAACUUGUGGAAAGUCUUAUGCAGGAUCCUGCUCUUAGCAAGAACAAAAGUGCCGAGGCUGGUUUGGAGGACAUGAGACUGCUGCUCACAUACAUUGAAUUGUUUGAAAUCAAGGAUAAGGUUGGAACAGUACUAUGUACAUGUAGACUGUUGUCAUAACAAAUUCUUUACCGUAAAUUGAUGGCUCAGCAGUUGAGUCGUUAGAAACACCCAUUUGGUACAAGUCUUUCAGUAGCAAUGCACACAAACUUUCAUUUUUCGUCCACAAUUUUUUUUAUUGAUAAUUUAAUAUUAUUUCAUCUACAUUUUUCAUCUUUCAAUUUUUUUGCAAUGUUCGUCUUAUUGAACAUACAGUGAUACUACCUAAACAGGUACACCGUGAUUUUGGCACCAGACGUUAACGACUUAGGUCACGUGGCUUUGUUUGUCGAACCAAAAAGGUAAACUCACGUGUUCGCAUGCUUUUCUCGUUGCUGGCUUCUUUGUUCGCACAUAGGUUAUAUAUAGCGCUAGAAGGCAACAACCGAAAGAAAUUUUAUCGAUUAACUUUCCUUAAAUUUCUGCUUUUUGGUUGACAUAUAACACCAUUAUUUGACCAGGCCUAUCUCCACCUAUAUUUGGCCCACCAAACGUUCAGGAAUGUGACCAAGGGAGUUCACCUUUUUGGUUUGACAAACAAAAGCCACAUGACCUAAGUUGUCAACGUGUCUGGGCAAAGCCAAAAUCAACUGUCACGCAUAUCUCCAAAUUCUUGGUCUACCUGUUUUCAUUGGUAGUAUAAGUGCAUCAUUUUAUUAUAGUAUUUUAGCUGUCCUUCAGAAUGACUCACCAGUAUCACCUCCCCCACCCCUGCCUGUUUGUGAAUUAGUGCUGUGAAUUACUAGUUUUUUGACAGUACAAAUUAUGACUGUAAAAGAAUAGUAAGAAUGGUAAUUAGGUUAAAUCUUGUGUGUUGUUGUGGUUGUGUUUCAUGUUGGUGUAAAAGGAGCAUCUAAAUUAUUGUGUUUUAGGUAUCAUUUGACCUAAGUUUAGCAAGAGGAUUGGAUUAUUACACUGGGGUAAUAUAUGAAGCAGUAUUAACAGGAGAGCAACCUGACCUUGGCAAGAAUGAAAAAGGUAAAUGUAACAUGCUGAACACAUUGUACUGUUUUUGUCAGAUUCUACCUUCCUGGACCUUUGACAGCUGUAUACCAUGGACAAUAUCCCCCCUCCUAAAAACACACGGCAAUGUUACAAACCUUGAUUAUUCACCAUGGUAAAAUCAUUCUUAAACUUUUACUAAUGAGUUAAUGAUAGUUGGGCUUUGAUUUGGCUCUAGUGGCCAUAUAUAAAAAGGUCAAAAGUACAAAUGUACGGCGUGGGAUUUUACAAUGUGUUUGUUGGCUGCAUUAAGGUGCCAGCAUUUAUAGGGCGUUUAUAUGGUUACUUUUUUUCGUUGUUCCUUGAUUUUCAAAGGGAAACUAAGACAACAAUAAUAGGUUUAGUAGGUUGAGUUUGAUCGUCCGGGUGAACGUAGUCAUCGUCAGAGUCAAAGUGAGUUGUAUCACGUCAGUUGAUGAUAUUAUACUCUGGUUAUUGAUCUGAUUGGUCAAUUCACCUUCUGAGCGUCAGACUUCACGUGUAGUUUCACGUGACUUUUGACGACCUUUGUUGUAAACAAACCCGCAAAGUUCGGACAUUCGUUCUCUGCCACAUACUGUACUUGUACGAACUAGACUCGCUAUUUCAAGUUUGCGUUAGUUUAUAAAUGUUAUUUCCCUUUCGCUGUUUGAGACUCGAAACGUUUAAGGUUAAAAAAUGUCUGAGCAGAAGAAUAAGAGCGAUUUUAAGGCCAAGAACAUGGCAAAAGUUACGGCAGGAACGAGGAGUGCCUGCAAUGGAAAUUCCGGUCUCAGCAGCUGAAAUGGUGUUAACAUUGGAACUAAACCUCGAAAGAGAUAAAACCGGUGAUGAAGGCAAAUUUCAUGAUACCUACAUAAUUCACAUUUCAAAAUUUAUGAUCACACGCGAUCACACGCUAUUAAUUCCCAAUCCAUUUUCGCUACAAAGACCGUUUGGCUAUUUGUUGUUUGACAUUUUCCUUUUCAAUUUGUAUAUUACGGCAAACAGGGACUCGACACUUGAUGACGGUUAUGUUGAUGGCAUUUACUUACUGAGGUUGAAUCAAGAUGUCUGUAGCAAAACAGUGCAGGCUUUAGUGAACAUACACUGGAUUUAUAUUUAAUCAUGUAGAGACAAAAGGAGGCAGUGUACUAUACUUCAGCCAAGAUAAGCAUAGCUUAUAAUAGGCGGUCGAGACGAAAAUGUAAGCACACUGCCGUAUAAUGAAUUAUAAAUGUGUCUGCAUCAUUAGUUUCAUUUUCUUCAAGUUUAGAUGCACCUUGCAAAACCAUUCUUUCAACUGAAGAGGAGAUUUCUACGCGCUUGUUGAAACUCCAUGUACCGGCGAAUAUUUUUUCUGUUUUACCACACUCGAGGCGGUUAAAGUCACUCCAGAUCUUCCGCUUUGACAUUUUGAACCUUAAACUAUUCGAUUUUCAAACAGCGAAAGGGAUGGAAAACAUAUAAGUUAAGUAGCGACUCAUAGUUCGUAUACAUGUACAGUAUCUGAGAGAGAACAGAUGUCCGAACUUUGCGGGUUUGUUUAUAACAAAGGUCAUCAAAAGUCACGUGAAACUACAUGUGAAAUCUGACGCUCAGAAGGUGAAUUACGUCGCGAUGUUAUUGGUCGUCUGUCAGUUAAGCCGUGAUGUUAUUGGCUAUGAAGACUCUUAAUCAGUAAUUGGUGCGUUUCGAUCCGUCUAUUGUCACAGUUAAACAGUCGUCUGUUGUUAGUCAAAUUGUCAGUUCUCCAGUCGUUCUCUCGUACUUAGUUUUGCUUGAUCUCGUCAAUAAGUCGUUUGUACUCUGAAGAUGACUACCGCACAGGUUGUCGAAACGUCGGUCACUGUCAACAACAACAGUCCUAUUCAGAACUACGUUCACCCGGACGAUCAAACUGAACCUACUUUGGAAAUGACUCCUGGGUUAAAACCUUUCACAAUAAUAGCUUUGACCUAAGGAAAUUUACCAAAGAUGAAAAAACAGUGAUUAUAAUAUAUAAUCAUUUUAGGAAAAUGAUGGCUAAAUGACCUAAAAUAAUAAUCAACGCAACUUGAAUGUUAAACAAAGCGAUCAAAGAAUGUUUUAUGAUUAGGCGAUGUUUAUCCCUCAGUUACAUGUGUUUUGUUUUGAUCAGGUGAGCCUGUAGGAGUAGGAUCAGUGGCAGGUGGUGGUCGCUAUGACAACCUUGUUGGAAUGUUUGACUCCAAAGGGAGAAAGGUACACUUUCAACAGACUUUGCACAUUUACGAGGUUGAUUUCCCAUAAUAUUACACUGCAAUUAAAUAUGUUGUUUUCUUUUCUGAGGUUCCUUGUGUUGGUGUAAGCAUAGGAAUUGAAAGAAUAUUCUCCAUUCUAGAAGCUAGAGCACAGGUACAUUGUGAAUUAAUUUCGCCAGUUGUUUGGUAAUGUGCUAAUUUCUAGGAAGCACAUUAAAUUUUUGUGUAAAUUAUGUUUUGCAGGCAAAUGGAGGCAAAGUGCGAACAACUAAGACGCAAGUCUUGGUGGCUUCAGGACAGAAAAAUUUCUUAGAAGAACGCCUGAAGCUGGCAAGCCAGCUUUGGAAGGCGGGCAUUAAGGUACUAAAUUAUUGCUGAUAUUUUAGGAGCUCUUUCUCCUUCUGUGGAGUCAUUCUUUUGCACCUACUGCCUAAGAAAACAGCCGAUAUUUCACGAUGCCACCGUUGGUUUUACGUCGAAAUGACGUCUGAGGAACAAGCGCAGAAAUUCCUUACUGAUAACGUGUGACUACCCACAUCUGGAUAGUGCUUCUGAUUCUCGUGCAGCGAGGGAAAUUUGGGUUCUAAUACGUCAUUAGUGUGGAAUGUCUCCGCUCGUUUCUCAGACGUCAUUUCCCGUGAAUACCAGUGGUGGCGGUGCUACUUUAGGCUAUUGCAACUAUUGAAUGAAUGAAACCAAAAAAAGAAGUUUGAUAACAUAUAAAAUCAGCAAUGAGGGGACGUUCAGUGCUCUAAAUUAACUUUUGGGUCUGGUCUUCCGAAGGACCAGUAGGAUUUAAAUUUACUGGUCCAUCAGCAAAACUACUGAUCACUCUUAUCAUUUUCAAAUUUUUUCGUUCCUAUUUGAGAAUUCUCUACAAAACUCGCAGAACAUUUUGUUCUCCUUUUCGUCAAACCUCAGCCAUUUGUAUUUAUCCUUCCAUGCCUCCUGGAACUUGGGUGUUUUUUUGGGCCGGAGCAGGUGUUUCAGAUGCUGUGUUAAUUUCUUUAACAUCUGAUGAUUGCUUUCUCCCAAAGAAAGAGUAGACUGAGCCUUACAGUUGUUGCCGUUUCGACAUACUUUGACUCACCAUUGAAAGGAUUAUUAUUCAGCAAGAGAAUGCCUAGCACUUUUUACCUGUUCGUUUUUGAAACGUUUGCCUUUGGCAAUUCUUCGUUGUUACAAUGCUUUUAGCACGUUUUAGUACGAUACAAAGAAACGGCCGUUAAGAUCGAGCACUGACGUGACCAAAACGAGGGAUAGGAAAGGGAACAUGAAAAAGGGAUCAAACCCUUUCCAAAACGCUACUAUUAUCAACAACCUCAUUUCCCAUUCUCUGUUUUGUUUCCAUUUUUCAUUUUCCCGUUCCCCGUUUGAAGAAAGUUCAGCAAAAAAUAGUUCAAAAUGGAGGAGAUUGAAAUUGGCAAGGUUAAAGCUUUCAAGAUCAGGAAAUCGCGACUUAGUUCUAUUAAUGUUUUUGCUUGAAUAAAGUAAACAUGGUGGUUUUGCCAACUAAAGUUCUUGUGAGGUUAUGGACAACACGGUAUCAGAGCCCUUGUUUAGGAUUUCCAUCGCGUUGUAUUCCCGUGUAAACAUUUAUGUCGCAAACAAAGCCAUUUGAGGAAUCGGCGCAUUCGCACACUUUGAUGCCUCUUUUUACGGGUUUGAGCGGCAUAUACUGUUUCAUUGAAAGUCUUCCUUUAAAAGGAAUCAUUGGCUCGUCAAUGGCAGCAUUUUUAGUUGGCUUUUUAUAGCAUUUACAACCGAGUCGAGAAGAGGACGCACUUUGAAUAAUUUGUCGUGGUCCGCAUGACCACGUGGUAACUUUUUCUCUUAUCAUUCAAAUGCAGGUACGAAUAAAUAUCUGGCAGUUGUUUGAUGCCAUAGAAAAUGUUCAAGGCAAAGUACGCGCGGAUUUCUUCAGCGUCUGUUUCGUACCACGAACGAUCAGGAUUGCUUUCCAUGGCUUGGCGGGCAUACCGAUUUGUUUCUUCGGCAAUUUGAUGGAAAUUUUCUUCCCUGAACGGAAGAAAUCAAGUACGGAAAAUCUCCUAACGUCGCGUACAAUACCAGUAUUUGCCACCAAUGGAUUUACUACUACCGGAUCAGGAAUUGAGUUCCACUCAUUCGCUUCUUCACCACUUUCUGAUCUGGUUACACUAAAAUCUGAUAAGUCCUCCGUAUUUACAGAUAAAACUGUUAUGUCGGACUCCGAUUCUACAUUACUUCUCUGUGAUUCACGUUCUACAUCAAAGCCCAGAAACUCUUCUCCCUCGCUAUCUGACUCGCCAUUACGACGUCAACAUGUUGAAAUUUCAACCAUCGAAUUCUUAAAAAAUUUGUGUGAACACCAUCCCUGAUAGUAAGGGCAAACCAAGCCUUUACUGUUUUUCUAUUGGUUAUAACACAAUAGAAGAAUAGAACUUCUAAAACAAAAGAAAUAAAUGUUUGAUUGGUUAGAAUCAUUCUCGAGUCGAGUAUACGAAAGAGUGCCAUACGGCACUCUCGGGAAUUUGAGGGGUGGUACAGAAGAGUGCCAUAUGGCACGCUUGGUCGGGAAAGGGUCCUGACGUUAUUGCAUUUGCUGUGAUUUAUUCAUUAUAUUUUUAGGCUUGCUUAGUUUUGUAAUAUUUUUUUAAAAAAAUCUUCCGGUUUUUCUUUCCCUAGGCUGAGUUACUUUACCGGAAAAAUCCAAAGAUGCUGACCCAAUUCCAGUUCUGUGAAGAUAACUUAGUUCCUUUCUGUGUGGUGAUUGGAGACAAUGAACUUAAAGAGGGUGUCGUAAAGCUCAGAGAUAUGACCACAAGGAAAGAGGUAAUAACGUUAUUCAGUCGCCAUCACUGUGGUUUAUAAGCCGGAUAGCACCCAUGUUUAGAAAGUUGCCCUCCCCUGUCUCACCGUCGUUUUCUAGCAAUUCUUCUGUAGUUUCAUUUUGUUUGAUUUAAAUUUUUAAGUCCGUGAAAUCGAAAAUUCGUUGCCUUACUGCGCCAGAAUUUUCCACGAAAAUAUGCAUGUAUGUAUGCCCCCAAAACUGAACCUCUUAAUUAACUGUUCAAGAUAACUGUAAAUAGACUUCGUUCUGUUGAGGUGAUAGCUUAUUUAGACCCUGUUUACAUGGAGUGGGGGACCCCGCUCUAGUAGGGUAGGUUUCUUUUGUUUUGUGUCCGCCAGAGCGUGAAAACACAAGAAACCAACCCCACUAGACCGGGGUCCCCCACUCCAUGUAAACAGGGUCUUAGUCGUACCACUUGUACAAUAGAACUAUUUAAAAAUGGGGAAGGCCUGGGUAAUUAACAGUGGACAAAGUGGGCUGUGGUCUUGCGUUCAUGGUGAUCCUAAAGGUCUUCCGCAAACAAGAAAGCUCUUAGUCUCGUUAACCGGUAAAGCACUUAACGAAAGUUAGAACUGGCUGAAAAUGAGGCAGGCUUUUCUCGUUUUUUUUUUGUUGUUGUUUUUGCAAACAAAUCACUGCCGUGUAUACUGUACAGGAAUAAACUGGUUUAACUGGACAGUCCUGAUGAAUAGUGAGAUUUUCUCAUAACGACGGGACUGGUCUGGACAAUGGCAAAUUUACUAAAAAGGGUUAAACUUCUGUGAAUUUGCAAACUACCCCCACCCCCUCCCCCACUAACCAUAAAAUUAUACCUUCGCUAGGAAGGAAGUAGCGAGGCAGAACGCCUUCACAAAUUUGUUGUGACCAAGGUGCGAUUCUUUUAAAAAGUAGUGCGACUCUGUCGUUCUUUAUUUCUUUUAUCCAUUCGUUCGCUCAGUAUUCUUUCAAACUUUGUUUUUUUUUUCAGGAACUAAUAGAGCGAGACAAAAUCUGUGAUGAAAUCAAGAAACGUUGUGAGAAACUUGAAACAAAGUAGAUUUAUUUAACACAGACAGACCACUUCGUGGAAAGAAAAAGCUGAUGUGGCCUCUAAUUACGUAUUUCCGAAUUUAAAAUGUAAGGAACCGUCAUUUUUUUCGUGCCCUUGUUUGUUUAAUUUUAGGAGCACUUACUAUUUAUACGUGGUGUUCAGUAAUAAGUUGUUUCAUAUAUAUCACGAACUCCUUGGAUAAAGCUUGGUUCAAGCUUAAGCUGCGAGGCUGUUGAUAAAACCAUUAAAUGAAAUUUUUCUCAAGGUUUUUUAGUAUGUGUAAUCAAAUGGUGACGAGUGAAAUUAGGGAAAGGCUCAGGAAAUUAUUAGGAUUUGGACAAAACGCGCGUGAAAUUAUUCCGUAAUUUCACGACUAUUCCAUUUGAUUAUCCAUUAAUAUCAUGGGUGACGAAUUGCGUUAGCAAUGUUUAUCUUGGAUUUUUGACAUGUUUAUCCUGGAUCGUAUCGAUCGAGAACUCUCUCAAAUCUUUAGAGCUUAAAUUUGGCUUAUAAAGUUCAGAAUUUUUCAGACUUUUUCGGCAAAAUACCUGUUAGAAUCCUUCUUGAUGUUCUCUUGUGUGUUUAGGUUUUCUAAAGCGUCUUUUUGUGCCCUGACAUCUUCAUUCACGGCAUUUUAAAACUUCGUCGCCAUCUUGACACUGAGACGUACGGAAGGGUUGCCAUGGCAAUUUUGUAAUUUCACAUGUGAAAUUACAAAUUAACGCUGAAAUUUCGCGCAAAUAUUAAGGAGUAAUUCGUCACCUAUGAUAUUAUUACUAUUAUUCCACGUGCGUGCGUUGAAUAUGGGAUAGUGAAUUGGCAACGAGACGAGUUCGAGAUGGUUAUAAUCAUCACAUAUCCAAUAAGCGCUCCAAAGGGGCCACAUGAGUGAAAAAGUUUAAACUCAUACAUCGAGAUUCUUCGAUUUGACGCUGCACAACAACCAAGAAAACGCCAUUCAUGAUGGCAAAUAUAAUUUAUAGUCUGAUUAAAAUUGUAUCGUCGAAGUUAUAGUCAUAUUUGAAGGUUUGGUGCGCUUACCGGCCUGCCAAGAAAAACAACUCCGUUGUUCUCCAUGUACAACGCUUGUCCAAAGCUUGCCAUGUUGUUAACAGACCCGAUCGUGAAGAAAUAAAAACAUGCUUGAC